UUUUUAAAAGCGUUUCCGGCGCCCACCGAGCCGCGUCCGCGGUAGUUUAGGGUCGACGUCCAAGACUUUUGAUUUUACUAUUGUUUUGCGUUCAGCCGACGUGUCGUGUGCGCUCGACACGAAAUCGUGUUGCGAAAUCGUCGCCCGUCGGUAAAUCUGUUUGCCGUGUGUGUGUGUGUGUGUGUGUGCGCGCGUGAGAGUGUGUACUUCUUGUUUUGCGAGCUGUGACUAGCUGUCGAUAGUGUGUGCGCGUUUCGUGCGAGCCUAAUGUCGAACCGAUGCAAAUCCGUGCGUGUGCCACGUGAAUAAAAAACCGGGACGACGGUAUUAUGAUAUCCCCACAUGAACGUCCCGCUUCUGUUAUAUUACAAUACAAUUGUUACUGUUGGACUUCACGUUUUAUCUUAUCGCCGUUGUCGUGCCGCCUCCGUGUGUGUUAAUUAUUAUUGUUGUUGAAGUGCGUGCGCUCGAUUAACCGCUGCAAUUAGUGCGCAAUAUCUCCGAGUGUUUAUUCGCUCUUGACGGUUUCUUAGUUACUAUUUUUUUUCGUCUCCCCCCCCCCCUCCUCCCAUUUGCCUUAAGUGGAGUCUUAACCGAACCAGUCCCCCCGCAAACGCUGCGUCGGGAAUCGUAUAAAUAUUUUUGUUAAACCGUUACUCGCAUUAGUGUGAAUUUACAUUUUAGUGUGAUCGAACGCGAGUGAAAAAAAAAUAUCUUUCAAGUCUUGGGUUUUCAUUGUAUGGAGCGUGAGAAAAAAUUACUAGAAGUAGAAGGGCCUGUUGGAGCUGCUGCAGACAGCUGCUACAGGGAUGAAUCCAGCUACAUACCGACCGUGGGCAGAUGGGGAAACGAGUGGCCAAGUUGACUCGAAACUAGGCCCACUCUUAACAACCACACCGAUGAAGCUUAUGCGUUCUGGCUGAGCUAUGGCCGGGAGCCAGACUGGCCAGUUGGUCAGCCAGUGCCCUUGCCGCAAUGGGGUAGCUCAAGGCCACCUCAUAUGGUCAACUCUAUCGAGGAAUACGAAGAGUUGACCAUUCAAUUUGAACAUGACUUACAAACACUGUUAAACACAUACAACUAUGAUUCAGUGACCAAUUUCAUUAAAUUUUAUAAUGAAUAUAAAAAUGAAAAAUCAGAAACUUUGGAGGAUUUCUUCAGAGAAUACCAACCACCAUUGACGAAAGAUGCAAAUACAUGCGUUGGACUUGCUCUACUAUUGAUUGGAAAGUUAGCACUGCUUAAUGACCGAUUCCCUGGCGUUAGAGAAAGUUUAUACAUGGUUUCAUGCGAAGAGUCUAUAGAGAGUCAUGAGGGAUAUAUAAGCAAUGAUUACCCAGAUCCAUGGGUAAGUGACAAAGAACAUGUUAUGGUUGCCAUGCAAAUUGAAAUAGCUGGACGCUGCGGAGUGAUUUUGUUAGACCCGGGUUAUCAAAUUGGUAGAGUCAUUACUGUGAUGAAUGAUCAGCAGUAUCCUCAUACAGGCCGUUUUGUACCGUCGUCGUGCCCGCAAAAGGAAUACUGUUAUCAGACCAUGGUCGGUGGAAAGUAUGUGCAAUGGUCAGUUUGGAAUGGCUCUCCAAAACCAGAAACAAACUUAGUUUACGUAGGCGCUUCGUAUCAUUCUCCAGUUUGCGUCACCGAACGUCGGAACUUAGUUUACAACUUUAGGAGUUUGUUGGCUACUGAUAAGAAAGGACAUUUGUUGGCCGGUAUUUAUUUUAAAGUGGCUUAUCAGUCAGCAUUUACAUUAUUCUGUGACGAUGAAGAAAAUCCAGAAAUAAAACAUCGCAUCAAAGUACCAUCUACCGUUUUCACUUCAUUCAAUGAAAUUGAACCUGCCGUUGAAAAAAUAUUACAUCAAUGUAGCAAAUAUCUUAAAUUGACAAAAAUUCAAUUUUGCAAUACUUUAUCGGCACUUUCUAAAAUAUUGGAAAACAAAGAAUUUCUGGAACACAUGUGCAAGAUCAAUGACGACAUAUUCCAACUUGGAGUAGAUGAAAACAAUAACAAAGAAGGCAUUAGUAACUAUACUUUAUCCGGAUAAAUCAUUUUACACUGUUAUUAUGUUCAAUAACUAUUAUUUCAUAAUUUAUUUUUUGGGUAUUAUUUAUUGGUUUAAUGUUUUUAAAUAUGUCUUUAACGCAUAUUAACUAUUUCCCACAUUUAUUAAUUUUAUUUUAAUUAACUUAUAAAUUAUGCUAUUAACUACUAAAUUUUUAAGGGAAUUUAAUUAAACAUUUAUUUAAUCAUACUCUCAUUUAGUGUUCGAUGA